UCCCUUCUUUUUUCUUCCAGCUGUGAAAGCGGGCGAGCGGUGCGGCGGGUCUGUCGUCUGGCCGAACCAUGAACUUUUGAUUACAUUACAUGUAAGAGAACGUAGGUAGGAUUAGAAACCCUUCAGUUUUGGCGGAAAUAAUUUAGUGGAGCGAAACGACAGAUCCACCAGGAAAAAUGGAUUCAGAGAUCAAGCCAGUGGAAGAAGUCUCUGUAGAUAAAGAGGGUGAAGAAGGAAAAACUGAAAGCAAAGAAGAAUGGUUGGAUAUUCUUGGUAGCGGACAGAUUAAGAAAAAAGUACUUGUUGAGGGAGAGAAGGAUACAAGACCACAACGAUCUGACUUUUGUGAAAUCAAUCUAGAAGGAAAAUUGGAAGAUGGAACAGUUAUAGAAAAAUAUGAAAAUUUAAUACUUCAUGCUGGAGAAGGAGAAGUAAUUCAAGGAGUUGAUCUUGUGCUCUCCUUAAUGGACCAAGGUGAAUGUUGUCUUGUUGAAAUCGGACCUCGGUUUGGAUUCGGAGCUCUGGGAAGACCAGCUGAAAAAUCUUUUCCAGCUGUACCAGAAAACUCUACUCUUCUGUAUACCCUGGAGCUGCUUAAUACGAGCCCUGAGCCAGAUCUGGAGAUGAUUCCAAUAGCUGAACGGAAAAGAAUUGGCAAUCGUAAAAGAGAAAGAGGAAAUUGGUGGUAUGGAAGAGGUGAAAACACCCUUGCCAUUCAAUGUUAUCGCCGUGCUCUGGACUAUUUAGAUGAAGCUGUUGGUGGGAUCCAGAUAGAGCCAGACAAUGCUAUUAAUGAUGCGAACAAGGAAGAGAAAGAGCUCUCUCUCAUUGAUAUUCUUGAAGAUCGCCUUAAAGUAUACAACAAUCUUGCUGCAGCACAGUUGAAAAUUGGUUCCUUAGAUGCUGCUCUUAUGUCUGUAGAGAAUGUACUCCGUUGCCAACCAGACAAUGUGAAGGCCUUGUUUAGAAAAGCAAAGGUACUAUCUGAGAAGGGAGAGAACCAGGCAGCAUCUGAAGUCUUGGAAAGGAUAACUAUUCUAGAUCCAGAAAACAAAACCAUUCAUUCUGAGCUUAGGAAAGAACGCUCAAAAGCCAGAGAAAAUACUAAACUACAAAAGAAUCUUUAUCAGAAGAUGAUGGGUGGGUCUACUUCAUCCCAAACUUCCAAACAAAGAAAAGCUGACUGCAACCGCUCCAAGUUUGCUUCGGUCCUGCCGUGGGGUAUGGUGGUUGGGAGCAUGGCUACUGUGGUGAUAGGAAUGGUUGCUUACCGGCUGAAGUAUAUUUGAAUAGGCAUAUUCAUAUUUCAAUGAAGAAAUUUAGACAAUCCUCUCACACUUGUUAAUAUACAGUAUUUUGUUAAAUUACUUCUUUGGCUCCCAUCAAGAGAAAUUUUCUUAAGUGGUCGAAUAUUGAUGCAGUGGAACAAGUCAUUAUCAUUGCUGAACCAUCUCUGUAUAUAUGUACCAUAAAAUCAGAACUCAUAUCCAAACAAGUAAACCACUUCAGUUUCGAGAGAAGACUUAAGUUUUAAGAGUUGUAUUCUAAUCAAUUUUGUCAUAAUCUUGUGACUGAUUACAUUCCUUUUGUACACUUCUUUUUUUGUACCUCCAGUAAUGUUUUGCAUGUUUUAAAUGCCUUUUAAAAUAUUUUUUAUGCUUUUAUCAGGAAAUGAUGCAAAUUACUUACGUGCAUUUCUUAUUCUUAUGUAACAACAUCAAUACGGUUCUCCUAUUUGUACACUAUUUUGCUUUGGAUGCUUGAGACUUCCCUACUUCAAUUCUCCUUGGAACUGCAUGAUGUUAACUGCCAUUCAUUCAGAAUUUUCUGUAAGAAACAUUUUUUGGUGUAUUUCAAAAUGCCUUUCAUUGGUCCUCCAUGUUCUUAACUGAUAUUGCUGUUUUGGGGUACUGAUACACAUUACCCAUCAAUCAAAUUGUUUUUCAAUCUUAUAUGACAAUUAAGCGACCAAAUUUAAUGUUUGGCAGUUAAUUAUUCAUAUUUUCCCAAAAUUCACGCUUAGCAAAAUUUCUUAUCACAUCACCAUGCUGUAAAUUCUCCACUAUCAUGAAUUUUUGUUUCUUCUUGUAAUUCUUUUUUAAAUUUUGAAAAUCACCAUAAAUCCAUGGUUUGUUCCAACAUUACUUUUUAUUGCAUUAUAGGAUGACUCAUCAGAAGAAGAGGCACCUGAUGAAACCUCUACAAGUGAAGCAAGCAGAUGUUCUGUGAUGUAGAGUUUUGAACGUUUGAUCGACAAAUGCUUAAUUAGUGUCUGUAAUGGUGGAGGUCAUCAAUUGAUAUUUUAUUUUAAAGGUAUGCCUGCGAUAAUCAAAUUAAUAUAAAUGAAAUUGAACAGCCUAAGGUUUUGUAUGCAGUCGACCUGUGUUCUCAACCAUGUGUAUAUUCAUAUAUAUAUAUAUAUGUAUAGCAAAAUAUGUGUUAAUUGUAAUUGUGAUAUGUCAUCCCACCCUGACUGAACAAAUGUUAAUAAAUUGUUAAAUUGA